GCUCAGUCCCUGAGGAAUGUCAGCCCAAUACCCGCUCAGUCCUCAAUUUGUGGUGCUGCCCAACAUUACUCAGUUUAGCCCCAUGUUCUACCUCACUGGCUUUCCUGGAUUGGAAGCCAUCCAACACUGGAUUUUCAUCCCCUUUUUCUUCAUGUACCUGGUGGCCAUCUCAGGCAAUUGUUUAAUUCUAAUAAUUAUUAAGACCAACCCCCACCUGCACACACCCAUGUACUGUCUGCUCUCCUUGCUGGCCCUCACUGACCUGGGACUGUCAGUGUCCACCUUGCCCACCACCAUGGGGAUCUUUUGGUUCAACUCCCGUAGCAUCUACUUUGGAGCCUGCCAAAUCCAGAUGUUCUGUAUUCACUCAUUUUCCUUCAUGGAGUCCUCAGUGCUGCUUGUCAUGUCAUUUGACCGCUUUGUGGCCAUUUGCCACCCCCUAAGGUACUCAGCCAUUAUCACUGGCCAGCGAGUGGUCCAGGCAGGCCUGAUUGUCAUCCUCCGGGGACCUGUGGCUCUUGUCCCUAUUGUCCUCCUCCUGAAGGCUUUUCCCUACUGUGGAUCUCUAGUGCUCUCCCACUCAUUCUGCCUGCACCAGGAAGUGAUACACCUGGCCUGCACAGACACUACCUUCAACAAUCUGUAUGGGCUGACAUUGGUAGUGUUCACUGUGAUGCUAGACCUAGUGCUCAUUGCACUGUCCUACAGUCUCAUUCUGCACACAGUGGCAGGCCUAGCCUCCCAAGAGGAGCAGCUCCGUGCCUUCCAAACAUGUACAUCUCAUCUCUGUGCUGUGCUAGUGUUCUUUGUGCCCAUGACGGGGCUGUCUCUGGUACACCGUUUUGGGAAGCAUGCUCCACCUGCCGUCCACCUUCUUAUGGCCAACGUCUACCUUUUUGUGCCUCCCAUGCUUAAUCCGAUUAUAUACAGUAUUAAGACCAAGGAGAUCCGCCGUGCCAUCAUCAAGCUCCUAGGCCUAAGAAAGAACAAUCCUGAGUUCUGGGGCUAAAACUGCCAUUGAAAGCCCAUAAGAAGGCC